CGAGACAGUGUAGAAGUUUAUCGGUCCUAAGGUGUGUACUCCACUCAUAGUGGUCAAGAUAUGGUGGAUAAAUCCCUCGCCCAGCUCGUCUGGAUUAUCUGUAUUUUCGGACUGGUCAGUGGACACAGAUGGGGUAGAGAUCGGAAGUCAGAGUACUUAGAGGAUCACUGCAGCAACAAGAUCAAACUGCCCUUGUUUCAGAGACUUGCGUUGACACGAGACUUGUUUUACAAACAAGGAUGGCACUGUGACGUCACACUAGAGGCACCAGCUCAUCACGUGGUGUCGAUCUCGUUCCAGAAGUUUGAUAUUGGUCGCUCGAAAUUAAUUAUAUGUGACGAUGUGCUUAGGAUCUAUGAUGGUGCUAGCAUCAAAUCGUCGGAACUGACACCUACACAAGGUCUUUGUGGUCAGAUACUACCAAAACAGUACUUGUCCAGUUCUGAUACACUGACCAUCAGAUUCAAAAGUCAAUAUGUGACAUCGAGCGAGGGGUUCAUCAUCGAUGCUACGUCACUUGGAGUCGUUGAAAAUAAGUCUGAUUCUGAUUCCUGUCCAAACAAUGACUUCAAGUGCAUGGAGACAUUUUGCCUGGACCGAAGUUUGGUAUGUGACGGUGUGCCAAACUGCCGCGACAAAUCGGACGAGUCUGCUGAACUCGCUGGAUGUCCAGGUUUGGAAGCUGGUUGGAUCGACAUGAGCGUCGGAGCGAAGGUACAUGUAGCCAUCUUUGUCUCGGUUACCCUCCUUCUCAUCGGAGUGUGUUGUUUGGUUCUCUACUGCUGCUGUUGUCCUGCAUCAGUUAAAACUGUCUAUGUGCCUUACAAAAAGAUUUAGACAGAGAUUAUAUGCCAACCUUUCUUCUUAUCAAUUAUAAAUCGCUGAUAUGAUCAAAGAUGAUUACGGAAUAGCAGUUAGGGUCCGUAAUACUGUAUCCGAUCCCCCAGAAGGUCUGAAUGGAGUGGUCUCGUCCCCCAAGAAAAAAUCAUAGGAUUCCCAAUAGUCUGAAUACCUUUCUCUACCGUCCGGAAAACAUUUAUCAUAUAUAGUGGCCACCAUGUUUUUCAUAGAUAUCAACACCAUCACUGGUCUGGAUCAAAUGUUUCACUUCGUUAUCAGUUGGGGGCGGCCUAUAGGUGUCCUCCCCGUCCGUCUGGCCGUCUGUCUGUCAGUCCGUCCACUCAUUUUUCUACUUUUUUUUUCUCAGCCUUGCUUCAAAAAAUAUUGGUUAACGUUGGAAAGUAACCUCAGUAUAUGAGUAGCUACAGAUUAAGUUCGAGUUUCAGGGGUUCGGGGGCAAGGUCAAGGUCACUGUUACUUUUUCUAGCGGGGGCCGGUAGGGGAUAUGUAUUGUUUAGGAAUACCCAGCAUGCUUGUUUUCUUAAUUUUCCACUGAAAUGUUGAUUAUUUGUGUUUUGUCUCUGCGAACUCUACCAAUGCAUGAAGACUUUGUAUCCAGAGGUUUAUCCUUAAAUACCAUAGGUUUGAUAGUAUUGAGACUUUGUAGCCAGAGGUCUAUCCUUAAAUACCAUAGGUUUGAUUGUUUUGAGACUUUGUAGCCAGAGAUCUAUCAUUAAAAUGAUGAGUUUAAAGAUUAUUUUAAGAAAUGAUGUUUGUUAAAUCAUUUGUAUCUAUGCUCUUUUGUUUAUGAUUCCUAUUUUAUUGUGUAUGUAACAUGGAAUAUAGAAAUGCAAUUUCAUUAAAAAAUUGCUAAGAAA